CGCAUAAAUCAACAUCAACAGUUUCCAUUCAGAGCUUGACCUCGAAGCUAACACCAAUGACCAAACCAAAUCUCUUCUCUCACUUUAACACGGUCGGUGGUUUGCUAUAAUCCAAAUUACUCUGUCGUUUUCAAUUCGUUUUAGUUUUAGACUUUUAUAUCAACUACUAUCUUAAUUAAUCCAUUCCCUCACUGAUCUCCAAUCACAACCAAAACAACUUCACCACAACACUCUAAUGGGAAACUGUUUUGUUAAGUCGGAGAAAUUAACGGCUGAGAUUAUACCUCGCGACGUAGCUAAAGUCUAUCCAACCGUCCGUUUAUACGGUUCACCAAAAAGCAUUCUCACUACUUACAUUCGUUUCGCUCUUCUUCACAAAUCCGUUUCAUUGGAUUUCGUUCCCUCAUCCGAAACUCUACGAGAUCAUUUCGGAUCCGACCCGGAUGGACACGUCACUCUUCAAGUUGGAUCCGAAAGUGUUACGGGUUCGCGGGAGAAGGUGUUGCGGUUUAUGGAGGCGCGGUUUCCGAAUUUGGUGACGGCGGCCGGCGGUGGUGGUGUGGAAGAGGGAAAAUUGCCGGUGAUGGUUACGCUGACGAGGUUGCAGCAUAAGAGUAUGUUGUGGCAUGUGGAGAGGGUUUUGAGGUGGGCGGAAGAUCUUGUGAAACGUGGAGGGAAAAAGGCCGUUGAUCCUUCUGUGGGGAGUCCGAAGAUGGAGAUAAGGAAAUUCGCGAGAAGCUAUUCGGAGUUGUUGGAAGUUAUGAUGGAACAUGCUCGGAUGGAAGAGACUCUUCUCUUCCCUUUCUUUGAUCGUGCUGAUCGAGGGCUCUCUAAAGCUGCAAAAGAGGAACAUGCCAGGGACCUACCUCUCAUGAAUGGCAUCAAAGAAAUCAUCAAAUCUGUUGGUGUUUUGGACUCGGGAAGCCCUGAUUUUCAAGAGGCUUUGUACAACCUUUCUGCUCGCCUCAAGUUAUUGCUGGGGCAGUGCAAACAACAUUUCAAGGAAGAGGAAGUGGAUUUACUUCCACUAAUGGAGGCAUUGGAGUUAAGCAAAGAUCAAGAAGAGACUGCACUAGAUCAAUGUUUUGAUCUGAUGCAUGGAACACACGGCCGUUUAUUAAAGUUUUUUCUUGAAGGGCUUCAACCUCGUGAUUCUAUGAAGUACUUGGACUUGAUUAGCAUGUGUAGUAACCAAGAUAAAAUGGAAUCGAUGCUUCAAAUGAUAGUCAUGUGAAAGGUCUUGUUAGCAGGUUUUAAUCAUCACAUACACAUGGAUGGGCUGUGAACUUAGGUUGUCAAUAGAUGUAACUUUGUUUUUGUUUUAGUCUAAUUUAAUUAUUUUGGUGGAAGCACCCAGCACAUGAUAUGGGACAUUCUUGUUGAACAUGUUAGCCUGGCCUUUUGAUUAGGGGAACAAAAAAGUAGGGAUAUCAUUUGGAAAAGUAGGGCAUUUUCUUUUUUCCUUUUCCCCUUUACCUCGUGAUAGUUUGGAUAAGGUUGUCAUGAAUAUAUUCCUCUGUAAUGUAAUGUACAUCCAAGUAUAUGGACCCAGAUUUAUUCAAAAGUACAUGAGUUUACUGGUUUGUUA